AUGUCGGAAACGAGGCCACGCAGACAGGAGGAAUCCAAUUCGGGAUUCAAGGGUGCCCUCCAGGGCCUCGGAAUCUUCUUGUUGGUCCAAUUCGGUAUCAGCCAGUUUAUGGGAAGCAAGAAUGCUGCUACUCCCAGCGAAAACACCAGUGGAAUCCCCGCCUUCGCUGAUCGCCCUCAUCCCAGCGAGUACACCGAACAGAGUGCCCUCCCGGAUCUCAUCGCCCCAAUCUGGCCGGUCGAUAGCGCCGUGGAUCUGAGCGUCUACGUAACUCCAUCCAUCGUGGUACCCAAGUUUACAUCCUCGGAUAGUAUCCUUGUCCUGCAAGAGAAGAAUUUCACGAUUGGAAACUACAGCGACACUCGUGAAAUCGAUACCACCAUCAAACUUCCCAAGCAAGUCCAGCAGAAUGGCACCCUUUGGGCGCAUUUCUUCAUGGCCCGCACUGGAUACCAACUCGACCCCGCGGCCAAGGACUACAACACUGCCGAUGCAGUCCACUUCCUCCGCCCCCUGAACCAGUACCUGCCCAAGAGGAAGGUCAAGAAGUUGAAGAACCUCCUGACUGGCCCCGAGGAUGACCGUGACGAAGAGGAAGAUACUACCCCGGAAUGGUCUACCAUGUCUUACUACCACCCCAACUUCACCGUGUCUCUGAUCCCGGACUCUGGAACUACCAAAUUGGGCCAGAUGAACCCCGCGGUUCGCCAGUAUGUCCAGCUCGAGCGCACCGGUGCUCGCGACAGCACCGGAAACCAUGGAUGGUAUUAUCCCAUCGCUUUCAUCAACACUUUCUGGCAACUGAAGACCCAUAUGACUGAGCUGAAUUCGACUGUCGAGACUGUACCUCUGCGCAUCACCGUCAACAACAUGGCAAACUGGAAGUUCAACAUUCUGAGCAGUGUUGACGAGGGCUCCAAGCAAAGCUCUCGCCAGGCUGCCUACGGUGGCUCCGCCCCUGGUGGUGGUGACGGCACUGAGUGGGAAAUGGUCAAGGAGAUUCUCUUGGAUACCAACAUUUGGCUCCUUGGCACCACUGGUAUUGUUACCAUUUUGCACAUGCUGUUUGAAACGUUGGCUUUCAAGAACGAUAUUGCCCACUGGCGCAAGAAGAAGGAUAUUGUUGGUACUUCCGUCCGGACCAUCUUGGCAAACGUCUUCAUGCAAGCCGUGAUCUUCCUUUACCUUGUGGAUAACAGCGACAACACCUCUUGGAUGAUUCUGGCCAGUCAAGGAUUCGGUAUCCUCCUCGAAUUCUGGAAGAUCACUAAGACUGUUGACGUCCGUCUACGUCCCCCUCCAGCCAACUCUCUGCUCUCGUUCCUGCCCUAUGUCAUUGUCUUCGAGGACAAGCACAAGCUCAGCGAAACUGAAGAAAAGACGAAGGAGUAUGACGAGAUUGCUUUCCGCUACCUUUACAUCCUGGCUGUGCCUCUUCUGCUCGCAUACGCCGCCUACAGCUUGGUUUACAACACCCACAAGUCGUGGUACUCAUACAUCAUCGAGACCCUCGUGGGUAGUGUCUAUGCCUACGGUUUCCUUAUGAUGGUCCCUAGCCUGUACAUCAACUACCGAUUGAAGUCCGUCGCCCACAUGCCCGGCAAGGCGUUGACCUACAAGUUCCUGAACACUUUUAUCGACGACCUCUUCGCUUUCACCGUCAAGAUGCCUUGGCUUCACCGCCUGGCCACACUUCGUGAUGAUGUUAUUUUCUUCAUCUGGCUCUACCAGGGCUGGAAGUACAAGGUUGACUACAAGCGCGUCAACGAGUUCGGCCAGGGAGGCGACAGCGACGAAGAAGAGGAGCCUACCCCAGCCAUUGAGGACAAGAAGGAGGAAACCGUCGCAAAAUCUUCUUCCAAGGCUACGCCCAAGUCCGAUACUCGCAAGCGAAAGUAG